GCAAUAAAUUCCUGAGUAAGAAGCCAGGGUUUUUUGUAUGUAAGAGCAAGUGAAAUUGCUCUUUGCCUUACAUACAUUUUCUUGUUUUUAGACGCCCGGAUUAUUCUUUCAAAAUGGAUAAUAGAGCACUUGUUAGUGCAGUACUUUUGUUAAUUGGCAUGUUUGGUACAUCGGUGCAAAGAAGAGGUGAUACAGAUGACAUCGUGUCAUAUUCUAUGAGACAGGGAGAUAAAUAUGAUACCGAGAUCGACUUCUUUGAUUCAACAUAUGAUGGUAACGUUAGCCAGAACUACCUUCACGAUGGGCUUGGAAAGUUAACCGAUGGGGAAAAAGGAAACACAGUCUUUGAAAAAGGACACGAGUGGGUAGGCUGGAAAAAUGAUACAUUAAUCGACCCGGGUCCGGUUGAAAUCAUAUUCAAAUUCAAUACAGUUCGAAACUUUUCGUAUGUCAAAUUAUUUUGUAAUAAUUAUUUUACCAAAGGCAUCAGAGUGUUUCAAAAAGCGGUUAUCCAAUACAGUAUUGGUGGGAAAUAUUUCAAACAGGGAAAAACAUUUAACUUUAUACGUGACAAAUAUAUAGAAUAUGCACGAUAUGUUGUUAUUCAGUUGGAUCAUAUUAUUGCAAAAUAUAUAAAAUUAGAACUCUAUUUUGAUGCCAAAUGGAUUUUAAUCAGUGAGGUGAAGUUUGAAUCUAGUAAGUAUUUUUUCUCGUCUGUUGUAAUAUUCGUGCUUAGUCAGCUAGUUGUAAUAUAAAUGCUCCCCAUUAUGUUUAUUUUCUAAUAUUUUACGUAUUUUCAGACAUGUACGAUAAAACAUUUGGACCUUUGUAUGAAAGCGCCUUUAAAUAGAAAGCAACGUCCAUCUUUGCUAAAUUUGGUCUUUAAGCAAAAUUUUCAUAAUUCCAUGUAAAAAAAUGUUGGUUAGACAAUACAUUCAGAAUUUAUGUAAAUUGGUUAGAGGUGUAAAGAAUUGUCGGUGUAUCGUUUCUUUAUGAUGAAUGUAUUAAGCGAAAAGAUAUUGUAAAUUGCAGUAUUUGUGUACAUCGCCAUGUAAUACGCAUUUCACUUUAUAAUACAACGAUGCAUCGAACAAGUAUUGCAAUACAAUAAAAAAAAUUAAAGACCAAAAUAUUAAUGAAACUUUAAGGAUGU